AAUUGUCGUCGCCAUCAAUAUGGCUUCGGAUCCGAAGCGAGAAAAGAUUGGCGACCAGUCAUCGUCAGACCAUGCCGAGACCGAGUAUGCUCACAUGGACCACCCGGGACGGCAGUCCGAGGCCACAGCGGUGGAUGAGGAAGAGAGAAAGCGCCUAGAGGCUUCCCGCAAGCUGGAGAACCCUCUUGCUGGCUUUACACCCGAACAGUUGAGUCAAAAAGGCGAGGACUACUGUCGAGAACAUGGUAUCACCGACGAAGAAGACAUUCGAGCUUUUCGCCUUGGCGCCAUGAUCGCCGGCAAUAUGAACAAGUACGACAGCAUGACCGAGAUCACUGCGGAUGAACGCGCAGUGCUUGACGGCGAGGCUACUCACAAGUGGCGGAACCCGAAGAUGCUCUAUGGUGUUGUUGCCAGUCGGUCUUCCAGUCUCUUUACUCUUUUUCCUAUUUUCACCUUUUCCUUGUCUUUUCUUCUACAUACCCCUCCAGCCUCUCUCUGUGGUAUGGACGAGACCGUUGUCAAUGGCGCCCAGUCUUUCUACAAAAAGCAGUUCGGCAUCGGAGGAGAAACUGAGCGAGACACCUGGCUCCUUGGCCUGACAAACUCUGCUCCCUAUCUCUGCUGUGCCGUCAUCGGUUGCUGGCUUACAGAGCCCAUGAACAAACAUUUCGGCCGCCGUGGCACUGUCUUCAUUUCUUGUCUCAUCUCUGCCCUGGCCUGCUUUUGGCAGGCUUUCACCAACACUUGGUGGCACAUGUUCAUCGCUCGCUUCUUCCUUGGCUUUGGCAUCGGCCCCAAGUCUGCCACCACCCCCAUCUUCGCCGCCGAAUGUGCGCCGCCUCGCCUGCGUGGCGCUCUCGUUAUGCAGUGGCAGCUAUGGACGGCUUUUGGCAUCAUGAUGGGUUACGUUGCCGACUUGGCAUUCUACUACGUGCCUGACAAGGGCGGUAUUGUCGGCCUCAACUGGAGGCUGAUGAUGGGCAGCGCCAUGCUGCCUGCUGUCCUUGUCUGCGCAUGUUGCUACAUGUGCCCUGAAUCCCCCAGAUGGUGCCUCACUAAGAACCGCCACUUCGACGCUUACAAGUCCAUGUGCCAGCUGCGCUUCAAGAAGGUGCAGGCGGCUCGCGACCUCUUCUACGCCAACGCCCUCCUUCAAGCUGAGAAGGGGACUCAAGGCAUCGGUAAACAGAACCGUUUGAAAGAGUUCUUCACCGUCAGAAGGAACAGGAACGCCAUGAUUGCCUCGGAAAUCUGCAUGAUUUUUCAACAAUUGUGUGGCGUGAACAUUAUUGCCUACUACAGCUCCGAGAUUUUCCUGGCUGCUAAAUUCACAGAAGUGAGCGCCCUAUCGGCAUCUCUUGGCUUUGGCAUCAUAAAUUGGCUCUUUGCUCUUCCGGCCUUCUAUACGAUUGACACUUUCGGACGGCGUAACUUGCUCCUGACGACUUUCCCGUUGAUGGCGAUCUGUCUGUUCUUCACUGGCUUCUCGUUCUAUAUACCUACAAAUCCCGCCAAGAUUGCCUGCAUCGCCCUGGGUAUCUAUCUUUUCGGCAUGGUCUACUCUCCUGGCGAGGGACCAGUUCCUUUCACCUACUCAGCCGAGGCCUACCCGCUGUACAUCCGUCCCAUUGGCAUGUCCCUGGCAACGGCCACGACAUGGUUCUUUAAUUUCAUCCUCGCUGUAACUUGGCCCUCUCUCCAGAAGGCCUUCACACCGACGGGCGCCUUUGGGUGGUAUGGUGGCUGGAACAUCGUUGGCUUCUUCCUGGUGUUGUUCUUUCUCCCGGAGACAAAGGAAAAGACCCUCGAGGAGCUGGACGCCGUGUUCAGCGUUCCUCUGCGGACCUUUGCGCGGUACGGACUCGCGCAGUUCUUCUACUUUUGGAAAAGGUACAUCUUUAGGCAGGAUAUCAGCCCGCCUGCUGUGCCGCAUGCUGGAGGGAUCGAUUAUCACCAAGAUUCAUUUAAGCAGGAGAAGCAGCAUAACCCGACUGCCCGUAUUUAAAGAGUUUUGUCAGAAGUGUAUUUGACCAUCGGAGACAAGUCUUGCUGCUGUUCAGCCAGAGCAGCGGGUAAUUGUUCAAGGGGUCCAGAAAGAGAUAGCCGCUGUAUAGUAAUGAGUGAUGAUACCGCUCUCUAUUUUUUAAGUAUAACGUACCUGCAUAGCGAGCGACGCAUCAUAGCGAGCGACGCACUCUCUCAAACCUUU